ACGCACAACAGCGGCGGCAGAGAUGAUCAGCAGCACCGCUGGCUGGCUGAACCUGAACGCAUCUCUUCGCAUCGUUUGCCUCAAUAUACAUCCACAAACAUACAUUCGCGGAGUUAUGUAGCCUAAUUGUUCCAGUAAAUAUUGAAGAAGGUGAAAUGACCGAAUUUCUACGUUGUUUCGAAACACAUACCGCCUCGUCUUGCUCUCACUGAGGAAGGUUACGGCUUCGCGUCGACGUCGGGAGCCGUCCGGGUCCGGGAGAUGGACGGGGGGACUGCGGAAACGCGGGAUGACGGGAGGACGAGUGAGGAAGCGACCGCCGGCCUCAGUCUACAACUUGACCUGGAGGACACCGAUUCAGCCAAGAAAGCUCAGAUAACAGAGAUGCCGUCCCCAUUCGGUGCAGGCCCGGCCCAUGAGAAAAAGAUCGGCCACAGAAGGGUAGAUGCCUCCGGAGAGACAACCUACAAGAAGACCACCUCCUCUGCCUUGCAAGGCUCCAUCCAGCUGGGUAUUGGAUACACUGUUGGCAACCUCAGCUCCAAGCCCGAGAGAGAUGUCCUGAUGCAGGACUUUUACGUGGUGGAAAGCAUCUUCUUCCCCCGGGAGGGCAGUAACCUCACUCCAGCCCACCACUACCCAGACUUUAGGUUUAAAACCUACGCCCCCGUGGCCUUCCGCUACUUCCGAGAGCUGUUUGGGAUCCGACCAGAUGACUACCUGUAUUCCCUCUGUAACGAGCCACUGAUCGAGUUGACCAAUCCAGGAGCCAGUGGCUCCAUAUUCUACGUGACCUGCGAUGACGAGUUCAUCAUCAAAACCGUUCAGCACAAAGAGGCCGAGUUUCUCCAGAAACUGCUUCCCGGGUACUACAUGAACUUGAACCAGAAUCCGCGGACUCUGCUUCCAAAGUUUUUUGGCCUCUACUGCGUCCAGUGUGGGGGCAAGAACAUCCGAGUUGUCGUCAUGAACAAUAUUUUACCACGCUCCGUACGCAUGCACCUCAAGUUUGAUCUGAAGGGCUCCACAUACAAGAGGCGCGCAUCCAAGAAGGAACGAGAGAAAUCCAAACCCACUUUUAAAGACCUGGACUUCCUGAAUGACCUCCCUGAAGGGCUCACUAUGGACCACGACACAUACAGCGCUCUGGUCAAAACUCUGCAGAGAGACUGUCUGGUCCUGGAAAGUUUUAAGAUUAUGGACUACAGUUUGCUGCUCGGGGUCCACAACAAGACCCAGGCCCAGCGAGAGCACCAGUCUCAGGGCUCGCCUGCCGGAGGCGGGGAUGAAAGGAGGCGCGCCGCUCAGAGAGCACUGUAUUCCACGGCCAUGGAGUCCAUACAGGGAGGCUCCACAUGCAGGGACACGCUGGACCACGAUGACACGAUGGGUGGGAUUCCAGCUGUGGGGAGUAAAGGAGAGCGCCUCCUGCUGUUUGUUGGAAUCAUUGACAUCCUGCAGUCCUACAGAAUGAUCAAGAAACUGGAGCACUCUUGGAAGUCCCUCAUCCAUGACGGGGACACCGUGUCAGUUCACAGACCUAGCUUCUAUGCUGAGAGGUUCUACAAAUUCUGCAGCACCAUCGUCUUCAAGAAGAGCAGCUCAUUGCGAUCGUCUCCGUCUAAGAGAGGACGAGGGGCUCUCAUGUCCAAAUCCAGUGCUGGAACGGGCCCAGCUGGACAGCGUCCCUCACUCACUGAUGAGAAGCAAGACAACCUGGACAACUUGGAGAACCUGCGAGGAGCUCGCAGCUUCCCCAUGUUUGAGGACAAAGCGAGAGAGCCCCCAUGCACCCCUCCUUCCUUUGAAGAUGCUACGACAGCUUCUAUCGCCACCACGCUCUCCUCCAACAACUCCUUACCCACCACCCCCUUUGAUACACCGGUGCACCCACGCUACAGGAGACAAAUGCUUUCUCCAAGUGUGGCCAGGUCCCAGAGAGAGGUAGUUGAGGUUCAUGGGGAAAAGCAGGACACCAUUACGGUGGAGGUGGAGCUCAGUAAAAUCCCACAGAGCACAGAGCUCACGGAGAUGACCGAAAGCACCUCUCAGGUCCACGUGUCACCUGAUGGUCAGCCCCAAGCCAUUGCUCCACCCACCCCUGCCUGCGUUAGUCCGUCCUCAACACAUUCCUCCUCCACCCUUCCUCCUACCUUAGUGACUUCCUCCCCCGCUGUCCAAUCAGCUGACCAGUCAAUUCCCUCUCCUGCUUCCUCCAUCCGUCCAUCCACCAAACCACUCACCUCUUCUGCCCCUUCUCCCUCGCCCACUCUUUCUCCUCCAACCUCUUGCUCAGAUGCCCAAUCCACACUCCUCACUCCAAACACCUCCACCCUCCCACCUGACUCGGCAUUUACUCCCAUCCGCCCUGCAACUUCUCACGCCUCCACCCCUCCCUCCUCUCACAAUCUGCCCUCCACCCCUCCCUCCUCCCAACCUCCGAGCCCCCAGGUGCCUCAGCAGGCGCCGCGCACGUCGUGCAAUCAGCUGUCUGUAUCCAGCAGCCACAACUCAUUGGACGGGGAGGUGCAGGUGUCUGACAUCUACUUUUAUGCAGAUGGCAGAUAUUGGGUGUACUCUCCAGUUCUUGGCCGUCGUAAGCUAAACUCUAGCUCGAGUUACAAUCAGACUCAGGAGGACCGGGGCUGGGUGUACUCUCCUCUGCACUACAGCUCCGUGUCCAGAAGGGGCUCGGAUGGGGAGAGUGAGACAUAACUCCGAGCGGGAGCAGCAGUGACGGGUGGAGCCGGAAGCUGUCUCCCUAACAAAGCCCCCAGGACGCUAUGAGAAUGAACGCUGGCUGCCCAAGCUGCAUGUGGCGAGCUUGAGACGCUUCGCACAGCAUUCAAGUAUUUCCACAAUACAUUCACGCAGACACUCGACUUCAGCCAACUAUCAAAAUAUUAUGCAAAAAACCCCCAAAAAAACACUAUGGAUUUAUUCCUGGACAAUCUGACUGACAUCAAUCAGAGAAAUGAAGUCCGGUCCCGUGGUACAAUCAGCUGAGUGGCACUGUGAAGGGGGGCGGUGGAGGCAGGUUUUUGUUGCAGCCCUGCUGCCGGCUCUGGAUAUGCAAUAUGCUCUUCCAUGUUAUUUAUUUCUUUUUUUGCCUAACAUAGCAUAAUUACAUCAUAAUGAAUUCAUGCAUUUAUUUUUCACUAGGGGCAUGGCGAUGCCAAAUCAUUUUAUUUUAGCACUUUAUCAAUGUAAAAGUGUCAUUAGUUAUUGUUUAAAACACUCCAACAGAAGUAACUGUGUGUGUGUGUGUGUGUGUGUGUGUGUGUGUGUGUGUGUGUGUGUGUGUGUGUGUGUGUGUGUGUGUGUGUGCACAGCGAGAAACUUGGAUCUGACAAUGAAUGGUUGUGUUCUAAAUGCCUUAUUGACAAAUUGACUUAUCGUGUUUUUGAUAUUUCCAUCACAUAAUCAUUUCAAAACAAUAUAUAUUAACAGGCAGAGUAUUUUAUUGUGAGUGAAUAACAAAUCUGUGAAGCAGAGAGCAGCCAUUCAUUACACAUUUUCAGGAUUAAGAACCAAGAGUUAAAGAGAGAAGAAGGGGGAAAAAAUAGAAAAAGACCUUUUGUAAAUUGUAGAAAAAGUGUGUGUCUAAGCACAUGCAUGUACGUCUGUGCGUGCCCUUAUUUCGCUGUGUGUGCACGUGUGUGCAUGCGUAUCGAUGUGUGAUUGGGAGACAUGUUUUCUGUCCUGCCUAUUUGUCAAAUCGU